GAGCUACACCUAUGGAUCUCUCUGUACCUGCUCAAUCAAGUGGACAAUCCAACUUAAAUCUCCAUCUGUCUGUAUCGCCAUCAACUGCUGUCAGUCAGAUUGGUAUCAAUUCAUCCCCUAACUCUGUAGCUGGUUACCAACUCCGUCCUCAACUCAACUUAACCGCUUUUGGGUUCCAACUUCCAAUUGCAAAUGGAGCUGUUGCACUUCCUGUGCCUGGGGGGUCAUCAUCCCAGGUACACAAUGAUUUAGCUUCACUAUGGACACAUGGACUUCUAGAUAUUGUUAUAAAAAUUUAUGCAAGAGUUAUCCUUAUUUUAACUUAAAAUUUAAAUUUAACAAAACUGUUAUGAUUGCCAACAUAGUUACAUAUACAUAUUUUUGUUGAGCUUCAAUCUUUAUAAUCUAAAUAAUGAUAAAAUUCUUUAUCGUUAUAACUAAACAAGCUUAUAAAGUAUGUUUUGGAUUUAGAUUAUCUAAUAAAUGAAAUGUUACUCUUCACAAACUUUUUUUUUGUAUAAUUACAUUUAUUUAAAAAAUUAUUUCCUGAUUUAUGUAUUUUUAAUCUCACAGCCAGCUAAUAUGGUUCCUCAAAGCAUUCAAGUGGCUAGAGGAGGCAUACCACUUGUUGGCACAGGCAUAGGAUCAGGACAGCUGACCUUCCACCCAAGGGUACAGCCACAUCCAGCAUUUCCCCAGACAAUACCAAUGGCUACAGCAAUGCAACUAACUCUUCAGCGUUUGCCAACAAAAGGUUAAUUUCCUAAUUGGGUUGAAACUUUUUUUUACUGAUUGUGACUUUUAACUUAGUUUAUCUAACUGUUUAUUUUAGAGGCCUGUCUGUUACUUUUGUCAGUGGAAAAAAGUAUAUUCAUACUUAAUGUUAUUGUCAGCUUAAAGAGUGAAUGUGGAAAAUAAAUAAAUAACACAACCACAUUCAUAAUUUCCUGCAUUGAUUUUUUUCUCAGUUUCUUAUCUGCUCAAUUAUUUCCAAGCUGAUAGAGUGUGCCUUGGUUUUGGCAAAAUGAAAAUGCAGAAAUAAUUAUUUUUACAGGUCCACAAAUAGCUGUUCAAAGAAUCCCUACAAACUCUGUGGUCCCUUUAUCAAACCACCAGAUUCAGAAAUCACCCAGCCCAGGAAAAGGAUCCCAUAGACAAAACAUGGGCCACUCAAAGCAUAUAGUAACUCAGAAUCAACAAGCUUCAUCUUUAAAUGUAUCCAAUAACCAACAGUUAGGGCAUAGAAUUCAUAAUGGUCAACAGAUUCAAAGGGCUGUCACUCCUUUAGUUUCUCAACAAAUAUCUGGAGCCACUCAGCCAAACUUUAUUCAGUGCUUACCAAACCCGGGGCUAGUAACCCAGAACUCAUCAGGUAAUGGACACUUGCAGUUACAGUCAAGUCAGACUGCAGGAGGCAGCCUUCGUGCAUCAUCACCUAUGGGGACUGCUACCAUUGUUGGAUCUCCUCAAAUCAGCACUGCCACCAUCUUGGCUGGACAACAUAUCUCAAUACAACCCCGGCCCUCUGUGGCAACUUUUAUCUCUAGUGCUCCUACAGGGUUAACAUUAACUGUCACCUCCAUUGCCCCUAGCCCUGUUACCCUGCAGACAUCAACUUCAUCGAAUUCAUCCCAGAUCUUAUCUUUAACUCAGAACCAACAUACUCAGCAGCUCUUAAGACCUGUGUCUGGCAUUUCUCAAGCCCAGGCACUGCGUGCUGGAAUCCCUGUAGUUCUUCCAAGAGGGCCUUCUUCUGCAAGACAACUUCCUAAAAGUCAACCUUAUUCUCGAAUAGCCCAGAAACCUGUAGUGUCAACGCUCAGCGGCAGUGGAGGACAGGUGAUGAUGACAAUCCCUCCAUUAGUUGGUUCUGUUAUCAAAGGACAAAUUGUGGUAAGUCUCUGGUAAUAACUCACAACCUUAUUGAGGAUAUUUUAGUUUCUUUUUUUUUUGAAAACUUUGGAACAGUUUAUGCAAUCUGUCUUGCACUUUAAAUACGAUUCCCAAUAGCUGCUUGUUCCCGGUUUGUCUCUGUUGAAAGAUAACUUUCAGUAAUAAUCCAUUUCAAUUUGGAACGCCCUUCCUGUUGAUUUCAGAAACAAUCAGACACUGGAGUCCUUUAAAACCGAUUUAAAGACACAUCUAUUUCGCAAACACCUUCUGGGAUGAUUGUCAACCUUAUUUUCCAGUUAAUGCAUAAUGGCUGUGUUGCUUAUGGUUGAAAUGGCUAGAAAGACUUUGCCAUUGUAUGCUUGUAAUUAGUUUUUGUAGAGUUGCGUUUGUUUUAAAUGUGGUAAAUUAUAGGUUUUUUGUUAUUUUUGUUGUUGACUUUGUACCGCGCUUCGAGCCUUUGGGGAUGAAGCGUGUUUUUGAAAUGAACUUUAUUAUUAUUAAUUACAUCUAUCCGACAAUAAGACAAUUUUCUUCUUAUCUACUGUGGGGCCAGCAAUUUUCAUCACUGCAACAUACUAUCGCACUGGUUUAUAUGUGCAUAACAAUUUUUGAUUUAAAUGAAUAAAAACCAAGUCAAAAAUAAAGAUCUGUGGACACUCAUAACCAGUUGAGGGUGCAUGGUUAAAAUCCUAGAUUGAAAUUAUAUAAUCCAAAUCAGCAAUAAAAAAUUUUAAAAAGAUAAGUUCCUUUCCAAAAAGCACAUUUUUAAAAACUUUGAGUGGUGUUUUGCAAAACUAACAAUUAGUUCUAGUCUGUUGCAAGAUAAAAAAGGUUGAAAAAAAACCUUCUCUAGUCUAAUAAAAAUUUACUCUAUGCUGAUUCUUGAAAAAGUCAGUGCUUUAUUUUAAAUAUCAUUAAAAAAAAUGACAAGUUACUUGAUAAAGUAUAUAAUCUCAUAGUUAAUCCACAUGUUUUUCUGUGUAAUUCACAUCACCAGGAAUGUUAAAAUCCUUAUAAAGAUUGAGAAAAGAAAAUUUUCUGCAAAAAAAAUUUGCUAACUGCAACCUGUUUAAUACUGUAUCUAAGUGAUGUUACAAAAUGAAAACUGCUUUCUUAUGACUAGACUGCUCAACCUCAGAGCCCCAUGAAAGACAUUAACAGUCAGACAGCUGUGACAGGCCAUUCAGCUGCAGGGAUAGUGGCCACAACUGUACUGACCACUACAGUCAACAGCGUGACAACAAGUGUCACAUCCUCUGUGUCAGCUCCCAUAUCAACCGUGGCUGUCACUGCAUCCAAUUCAUCUGAAAAUGUAAAUGGCUUUCUUUUUUUUCUUUUUUAAAUUAACAUUUAGGCUUACCAACAACACUGUUGUCUUUAAUCAGACAUUUAUUUAUCUCCCCCUGCAUAAUUCCCAACUUUUUUUUACCUUUCUUUUCUAAUUCUCUGUACAUCUCCAAUAUUUCAUUGCUUACCUUAUUACUAGAGAAGCUUUAGGGUGCCAUUAGGUCAAUAUAUUCUCAAUUUUUUAAAACAACAAUCUUUGAAUCUUUUGUUGUAUGCUUUCAUCACCAUGCUAGAUAUUUUAUCAGAUAGUCUGAUUAAUUUUGAUACUAUUUUAUAAUAAUUUGUUCACUCUUAAUAUCAGCGUUUAUAUUUAUAGUUCACCAUGCCUUAUAACAAUAAUUAAUUUAAUGGGUAAAAGAGUUUUUUAUUAGACUAGUUUAAAUUAAGUAAAAUUCCAUUGUUAGGUUGUUUUUUAAGAUGCAAUAGAAAAUAUGUUGGUUGUCAACUUUUUAUAAGAAAGUGUAUAAAGAUUUAUUAUAUUUUAACAACAUUUUACUCAAUAAAUCAUUAAACAGCCAUCUGAUUUUCAGAGUUCAGAAGAAGUUGUUAAGCCUACCGUUAGAAUGCAUCCAGUGCCUGUAACACCUGACAAUAAAAACAACCCCACUGACACUGUCCCUAGCAUACAGCAUACAGCUGCUCUCACUACUUCAGUAGCAUUCAAGGAGCAGCAGUCUGAAAUUACGAAUGACAAACAAUGCCCUAAUAGUGUGACUAAUAGUGACAGUUCUGUUGUAGAAAAGACUGAGUCAGGAUUAGAUUUGGUAACUGCAAAUUCAAACCAAAUUGACAUGGUUUCUGCUGUUGAUCAUCAGGUGAUUAUUUCUUAGUAAUAGUAUUAAAAAUAAUUUUACACUGCUAGACAUAUGGAUAGAAAAAAGGUGGUUAGCUGGGAGAUCAUUUUGUGUGGCUAUUGUGUGUGAAUAUUUUUGUUAAUAAUGGACAGUGAAUAGAAAUUGAUUUUUAUCGAAUAAAUAUAUUUAUUUGCCAAAAAUUGUUACUGGAUGGAAUAUAUGUAAAAUGUAUGAUGAAAAGUGUAAUAAAAAAUCUUUUUUUAGAAAAAAAAAUUAAUAGAAAUGUCAUAAGUGCUUUGGAUAAAACAUUGAUGUGUUAUUUUAAAAAUUCAUUCAAUUGGAAAUAAAUUAGAUAUUUAUUACAAUUUCAGAUAUCUGAAGUAACAUCCGGGUCAUUAAAAAAUGAAGCUCGACCCAUUUCAUUAUGUGAUACUCUUCAGACUUCAUUAGCUACUAAUAUAGGUAAUGAAGUAUCAUCUCUUGCCUGUUCCUCAACAAGUAAUGGAUCAGAGUCAGUUUUGUCAACAGAUGUCAUUGCACUGCACAGCUCUAAUGAUGAAAUUAAAGAGCAUGUCAUAACUGAGUCCAAAGAGAGUAAGCUUAAGCUUAUGCCAUUAACUCUUUUGUCUUUUUUUACAUGAUUUUAUUUAGCUUGUGAUUUUUUUGUCUGGAUCAAGUCUUGCAUCUUAAUUUUGACCCACUUCCUCAAGUCCAACUAAGCUAAAACUUUGUACACUUAGACUAAAAUAAAUUACAAAAUAAAACCCCAAAUGAGAAUAAAACUCUUCAUGAUCAGUGGAUCACCAGUGAUGUCAACUGACCCUUGAGUGACCUCUGCAUGUCAAAUCUUGCAUCUCACUUUUGAACCACUUCCUCAUAACGAAUUGAGCUGAAACUUUGUACACUUUGACUAAAAAUUUACAAAAUAAAACAAUGUAAAUAAAUCUUCUUUUUUUAAAAAUACUUUUCCAAAAAUGUACUAAAAGAGUAUAUAAUAAACGACUCCCAAACUUCAGAGUUUUUACAGUCAUAUUAAUAAUAAAAAAAAGAGUGAGGCGCCCAAAUAAUGCCAUGAUAUCAUAUGACAUUUUCUUAUGUUGCUUUGUCCAGUUGUUAAUUUAUGUAUGGUCAAAUCCUGCAUCUCAAUUUUGAUCUACUUCCUGAUCUCCCAUUGAGCUGAAACGAUGAACAUUGAGGUUCAUCAAACUUAGUGACAACACUUUAUUAACUUGUUGGGAUUUAUAUAAACCUGAGAAGCCAUAACACUUAUUUAACUUUUGUAAUUUAGGUAAGCCUGAGACAGCUAUGAGCCCAGAUAAUCAGGGUGUUAUACUCACAGAAGGUUUCAUUGACUCAAACCUCUUGGAAUGGACUGAUGGUGUGGGCAUGUUGCCAGGGACUGACAUGAAAGUAAAUCUUUUCUAUAAACUCUGUAGUUAAAGAUCUUACUAUAUUUUCUUCAUUCAAAAAAAGGUUCAUGUUACAAUUAUCUAGGCUUAUUUUAAAUUUAAAAGUUUAAAAAUGAAAUUUACUUUUUGAAAGCUUUAUCAAAUAUGUUUUAUUUAACUCAGACACGUAUUGAUUUAAAAGUUAUUGAACAUAACUUAAUAUUUCAUUUGUUUUUGCAUUUUCAUUUUAGUUCAAAAUAAAUGAGUUUGGUGACCUUGAGUUAGUUGAUGAUGGCAUGGGCACGCAACCUGUCAAGUUACAGAGCACUGAAAGUAAUGGCCCUUUGACCAGCAGUCCUAAGGAGGAAAUGACUGAUGGCAGUGAUGCUAAAACUUCUGGUCAUUAUUUGUUUUAUAACUUUAUUUUCUGACGGUUUACUUGUCCAUAUGCAAUAUAAAUAAAAUGUGUUAAUUUUAAAUAUGUUUUAGUAUAUAAAGAUAAUGUUUUCUUUAGAUGUUUAAAAAAAAAUCCCACAUGUGAGAAAUCUAUGUCAAGUUAAUUUUAUUUUCUCUCAUUAAACAGUAAAAAAUUUCCAUUCUUUUGCAAAACUUUAUUCAUGUUUUAUUACGGUAAGAAUUGUUUGAUGCUCCAAUAACAGGAUUUGAAACUUUGAUAGGGGCACUACUUUACAGUAAAGUUUGGUCCUUUGGCCAAAAAGAUAUUGGAUAUGUGUUGUAAUUAAACAAUUAAAAAUCUCAUAUACUAUUUAUUUUGAAAGGAUUAUUUUGAGAAGCCUAUAGUUUUAAACUAUUAUUUUCUUGUGCAGUGACUGAUCCUGCAGAGUUAUCAGAACAUGAAGGAGAUCCCAUCUGUUGUUGUGUUUACUGUGGUCGCUAUGGUUACAAAAGUAACUUCAGAACGUCAGGCAGAUUUUGUUCACAGACAUGCGCAGGGAAGUAAGUUAAUUGAAUACCAUUUAUUUCAACUGUUAAAAGGUUUUGAAAGGUGCUUUAGAAAUCUCAAUAAAUGAGAUAAUAUUUAGCUACCUUUUUCCUUGGUCAAGCUGAUCCUUAAGCCUUUUACUGUCAUCAACACUGCUGGCUUUUUAAAAUUUCUUUAAGAAUUAAAGAUGAUGGAAAUAAAAAAAAAGAAUGAGAAUAUUAAUCUCCUCUUAAUUUUCCCUAGAAAAAAUCUCCACAGAAAACAAAUGAUAAUGUCUCGAAUGAUGAUGGGAAUGAAGAACAAGAAAAAGAAAUUGAUUAUGUCAGGAGAGAUGAAGACUAUUGCCAGGGAAGACGUUGAUGGAGCAGGUCAGAUUUGAAAUUUAUUCAAAUCUAUAUUUUUUUAAUGUAAUCUAGUUUUGAUGCACAUCCUAUGUAUUUUCAGUGAGGUUCUGAGACUUUUUUUUUAUACAUUACUAUUUUCUUCUAAUAUUACAUUUUUUUUAAACAUUCUCAUUUUUAUUUUCAUAUUUUUAUUUUUUUUAAAAAAUGCAUUAUUAAAGUAACAUGUUGCAGUGGCAGCUAGCCUUAAACUUGGAUAACUCAUUUAGCUUUUUGUAUUUGGGGGCUCAAAAAAAAAAAUUCAAUUUUAGAUGUUAAAAGACCUAUAAGUGUCAUAUUUUUCUUUACCUUUAUUUCAUUUGCUCUUGGGGACUAACAGAAACUGAUUUGUUUCCCUUUAUUUCAGUGGGUAAUGGGAAUGAUAAAAAACUGCUGAGCUUUGACUGGGAUCUGUACCUAGCUGAGACUGGCUCAAUAGGAGCACCAAAAAGACUCUUCAGAGAGGUAUGAUUACAAUUUCUGUUAAAUUCUUCUGACAGUCCUUAUUGUAACUAUUCACUCUGUUGUUGUGGGGAACACAGAGAUGAUAGUUAGCUAAAUUUAUAUAUUAUUCAACUGUUACUGCCACUUUUACAAAAAUGAAUUCACAAGUCCACACUAUGCACUUUAUUGAAACUGUAUUCACAUAAUAAAUAAUAAUAAUAUCACCUACAGCCCAGGAUAUAUAUAUACACUUUCACUUCUUAUAUUGAAUAGUUAAAUGUAAAUUAUACAUCCACCUCUGCUCUCGUCCUCACACUUAUUUCACAAUUUAUGAAAUAGAGGAAUCACAUACGACUUCACUAUAUGGCGGCCUUUACCCUUAUCAUUUAUAUCAAUACAUUUGUGUGACUCAAUUGAUUUUAUCCAAUAUCAAAUCAGCAUGUACAAAGUCAUAUUGUUAUACUUAUCAUUUAUAAUUUCGUCUCGGCGGUUCUUGUUAAGUCCAUUAUUUAAAACAAAAUUUAAAAAGAGAUUGUGAGUCUUUUAAGGAAAUUGUUCUGUUAAGUAGUACUAUCUUUAAAAUAGCUAAUUUCACACUCAUAAAUGCAAGGAAAUCCUAUGGUUUUAGAUGAUCUCGAAUUCAAAUACAAUUUAUCAAUUAACAUUUGUACAACUAUUGAAAAUAUUGAAUGCCUUUUUUAGCCCUUCCCUAGCAGUCGUAAUGGAUUCCGAUUAGGUAUGAGACUAGAGGGAGUAGACCCAAAACAUCAAUCUCUCUUGUGUGUGCUCAGUGUUGCAGAAAUUCAGGGAUACAGGUAAAUGCUAAUGAUGUUUAAAUUUGGGUUGUUUUUCUUUUAAAUUAUUUCUCAUACUUUUGUAUAUGACAUGAUUUUUUAAAGCGUAUUAGAUUUAUCAGGCUGCAUAAAGAUCAGAUCUUUUGUUAUAUUAUGAUGCCCAUGAAUGAUCACUAUUUGUUCUAAUGUAAAGUAUUUCCAUUCACUCUUUUUGAGCUCAUGUAUUUAAACAUUACAUGAACAGAUUAAAAAAUUGCCUCUUUCUUCCGACAGGCUAAGGCUCCAUUUUGAUGGCUACUCUGAAUGUUAUGAUUUUUGGGUUAAUGCUGACUCACCAUUUAUAUUUCCUGUUGGUUGGGCAGAGAAGAAUGGCAAACUGUUGCAGCCACCUAAAAGUAAACCUUUUUUUAAGUUAAAAUCUUUGUUUACUUUGUUGUGUUUUCAAUGUUGACAUGGAUAAAAAGUUUGAAAAUGUGGGAUAAAGAUGCAUAAUAAAACCCCAAAAUUUGUAGACCCAAAUGCUUUCUAAGGAUAUCUCCUACAUUUUAAAAUAUUCUUUGAUAUUUAACCAGCAGUAGUUAAGUACACCCAUCAUCCACCACCCCCAUAACUACAAUGAUGUCUAAAAUGUGCAAUUUUUUUAAUUAACAGAUAUCACUCCUGAGGAAUUUAAUUGGACAAACUACUUGAAACAAAUCAGAGCAGUCGCUGCACCAAAACACUUGUUUCUUAAUCAGCCUACUUCAGUAAGUUUGCUUUGUAAACUAUCUCAUACUUUGAAGAUGAAAAUGUCAGGUUUACAUUGAUAAAUACAUAAGGAAAGAUUACUUAUGUUAUAAUUUGGUUUAUUCUGUCUAAUCUUUAAGUUAAACAAUCUUAAUAAAUUAUUUUCUGUUUUGGUUUAGGUAACUCCAUCAGCUUUUCGUGUUGGAAUGAAACUGGAGGCAGUAGAUAAGAAAAACUCCAGCCUUGUUUGUGUGGCCUCAGUAGCUGAUACACUAGGAGAUAGAAUCCUAAUUCACUUCGAUGGUUGGGAAGAUGCCUACGACUAUUGGUGUGAUAUUACCUCCCCUUCCAUUCACCCUGUAGGCUGGUGCAAGGCUAAUGGCCACUCCCUGUCUCCUCCACCUGGUGAGUCACAUUUAGGGAAAGUCCUGGCCUAGUAACUCAGACUUAUACACUGCAGGAGAGCAUUGGCACAUUUUUUUUUCAAUUUCAGAAUUACGCCAAUGACACAAUGUUAACAUGAAUUUAAUUUAUUUUUAAAAAUUUGUCAAAUAUAAUUGAAGGUAUAACUUAUGUGCAGAAUUUAUAAAGUAACCGCAUUAUUUUCAUUAUAAUAUUGAUAAUCAAAGUCAUAUACUUUAUAGCAGGUUUGAACAAGAACUGUCCUUAUAUUAAAUUUUUAUAACAAAAUUGUAUUUUUGUAAUGUGUUAUUUCUAGAUUAUGGUGAUGGUGCCAAUUUUACCUGGGACAGUUACCUAGCAGACACAAAAUCUACAGCUGUUCCUUCUAGAGCCUUUAAAACAGUGGGUCUUAAUUUAAAUCUACAUUUAUUGUUUGUAAUCCUAAGGCCUAAUGCUCCUUUAAAUGAUGAUACAAAUGAAUAAAUAACUUGAAUAAAAAUUAUAUAACUUUUUAAAAUCUUUUUAAAAAUGUGAUUUUGAUCAUUUCUCCUUUUUGUUUUUUCAUUUUAUGUUAUUUUCUCUUAGUUGAGGUCCAGUUUUUUAUGACACGUUAUUCCGAUUUCUAUUUCCAGCGUGGAUUUGUGGGCUUUGAGAAGGGCAUGAAAGUUGAAGUAGUUGACAAGCGUAAUUCCAUCUUGAUCAGAGUGGCCACAAUAGUUGAUGUCCAGGACUACAGACUGUUGAUUCACUUUGAUGGAUGGGACUCGAUCUAUGAUUAUUGGAUGGAUGAUGAUAGCUGGGAUAUUCAUCCACCUCACUGGUGCUCAAAAACAUUCCAUCCAUUACAGAGUCCUAUUGGUUUGUUUUUUUAUCUUUCAGUCAUGAAUAUGUCCCACAAAGCUAUUGACUGUCACAAAGCUUUGUCAAGGAUUGCCUUUAGAUUGCAAUUUUAAAGUGUUGCCUAAUUAACACUGUGUAUCCAAAAAAUUAGAUACACAAUGAAAAUAAGGUUCUGCUUCUUAUAACCAUCGGCCAUUAAACCCCUUACUGUGGUGUCUUGGCCCAUAUAAUCAGCCGCUAGCAAAAUCUUCAUUAAAAAUGCGAAUGAUUUAAUGUAUGUAUGUUAAGGGGAAAUCACUCUAUAUAAAUGAGGUUAUUUCCUAGUUAUGUAUCUAUGAGUAUGAACAUGCUUUUAUUAGGGCUUUUUUUGUGUGAUUAAUCGAGUGUUCAAUUUGCUAUAAAAAAAAAUUGACCGCCAUAACGUAUGAAUCAACUAAAAACAAAGAAUUUCUUUAUUGGAAUUAUUUCAAAUGGAUUAAAAUGAAAGCAAUGAUUUCAGCUAAAUCCACGUGCUAGUAAAUACAGUAUUAGCUCUAGCGUUGAUUGUGACAUAAGAAUCAGAUGUUGACAGUUUUAGCCCUAAGCUUAAUAUUAUUGUUACAGACAAAUUCGUUUGGGAAAGGGUGGAAAAUCAAACAGAAAAGACUAUAAUUGGAUCCCAGCGACCUAGACAAAAUUGAUGCAAAGACAUUUAUGUUUAUGCUUAUUCUGGGGCAUUUUGUAAUAAAACGUGGAUUUAAUAGCUUCAUUCAAAGGAAUUUUUUAACUCAUUUCGUGCUUUCCCCCUUCUAUUUUGUCUGACAGAAAUUUGAAGUUAGUGAAUGAAGAAAAUUCACCAAUAUUACAAUUUUCAAUAUAUGUACUUAUAACUUGAAAUUUUCUGAAAGAAUAUUGCUUCUAGUAUCUCAAAAACAUGACUUUAUGAUAGUUUGAACAAUUUAUGUAGUAUUAGGUUGGGUUGUAUUCAGAAGUUGAGGAGUAAAAAAAAGUUACUCACUCUUUAAAAUUCAAGGUCAAAAUCAACGUACAUAACAUAAAAACAAAUUCUUUUCAUACCAUAAGAUACCUUGCUCAAUGUACUUUCAGAAAAUGUAUACUUGUAAGGGUCUUUGAAUACAUUUAGUAUGGAAAUUUGUCAUUUUUGUGAAGCAUAUCAAAGUGUUAAAAAUGACUUGACACUAGAGAAAAAUGCACUGGACAGUUAUAGAGUUAAGGACUAUACUAUUCCAAGUGUUUCAAAUUUAUUAAAGUAAAAUGAAUCUCAGCAUUAUAAUUACACAUGAAAGAUACUUUCAUUUAUGUUUAUACAAACUUGGGUUUUUCCAAAUUAACAGACAAAAAAAGCCUUAAAAAUAAUGCAGACAGUGGCGGUUGUCCAACCAUUGGAUGCAAGGGAAUAGGUCACAUAAAAGGAGCCAAAUACACUGGACAUCACAGGUGAUUAUGGCAUUGGUGAUUAUAGAAUGAUCAGCGAGCAGUAAGAAAGCCUUAAAAAAAGAUGUAUUAGCACUUCUCUCGAUUUAAUGUCACAAUAUACACAAAGCUGUGUGAGGUAUGCUAAACUGUUAAAUAAGCUGAAAAGUUAUUUUUUUAAAAAUAACAACAAGAUUACUACAAAAUUGCUUCAAAUGCACUUCACAUUUUACCGUAUCUUUCACAUUGGAGUGCAUGUAAUUUAGCUUAAGAUCAUUGAAUGUAUCUGUAAAAUCAUUGAAUGUAUCUGUAAAAUUAAUGACUCUCAGAUAUGGCAGAAUUUAUAACAAGAAUUAAUGUAAGACAUUGACAUCUUUUGUUAACAGUGCAUUUGGUUGUCCUUAUUCUGAGCUAAACAUGAGUAAAGACACAGCCCUUACAGACAGACUUGGCUCAUCCCGUUCAGAAGAAGGAAUGGGUCCACAAACUAGACAUGAUUUGAAUGUUGACAUGAGGUAUUGGGCAUAAAGAUUCUUUUGAGGUUGACAUGAAAUAUUAGAGGGGGGGUAAGAGUUUUUAAUGUUGACUUAUGGUAUUGGACAUAAGAUAGUUUUAAUGUUAAUUAGGGGAAUAAAUAUCAUUUUAAUACUGACAAAUAAUUCAAAUAAAGAUCUUUUCUCAUUCAAGUUUUAUAAAUUCAUUUUUUUAAUAAAAUUGUCUAUUUUAGGAAAUGUCCAACAGCCGGAUGUGAUGGACUAGGUCAUGUGACUGGAAAGUUCACCUCACAUCACUGCUUGUCAGGCUGCCCCCUGGCUGAGAAAAAUCUUAUCAAGGUCAAACAGGAAACUGUUGUCGAACCUCGUCCUGUUGGUCGCCCUGGCAGAGGGAGAAAAAGGUAUUGUGGGAAGGUUUUAUUUUUACACUCUUGCUUUCUUUCACAUUUAUUUAAAAAUAGCUCUAAAUUGAUCAUACCACCUGUUAGCCGCCAAAUAUAUUGCUUGUCUUCAAUGCACAUCAUGACACGGUAUCCAGAAAUUUGAUGUGUAUUCAUGAUUCCUAACUAAUUUAUUCAGCACAUACUUCGUAAUGUUUAAAUAGACUGUUAAGUGCAUGUUUUUAUAUGAUCACUUACUUAUAAUUGACUCAUUGUGUUUCCUUCUUUCUUAGAAAAAUAUUUAGUACAUCCCACAUGCCUGGUGAAAAGGUUAUAAAGACAGAACCUGUAGAAGGUAAUCCCCCCUCCCCUCUCUCUGUCUCUCUCUCUUCCUCCCUCCCUCCCUCUCCCCCCAUCUUUUUUUUUUUUUCCCGAAAUUGUGACAAGUACUCUUAAGUUAUUAAAUUUUUUAAAGUCAAAUCGAUUAUGAAGUAUUCUAGAAGGUCAGAUAGGGAGGUAAUAUUAUGUAAACAUGAUCUCCCAAGAGAUCCAUGCAAACAAAUUCCCAGUAAUAUUGUUUAAAAAAAUCAAGACAUUUCCAUUUAUUGCUCCGGUCAAAUUAUUUAUAAUUAUCCAUUCACUUAAGGUUGAUAUGACCCAUCAAACAUCAUUAUGUGUCAGAAAAUUAAAAUUUGUCCAUAAUUUUUUUCAAAUCAAGCCAUGUGCCAUAUUUACUUUAGUUAACCUCUGAAUCAACAGAUCAAAGUGAUGAGAGGAGUUCCUUGCAUGCCAGCAUCCAUGAAUCAGUAUUCCAGACAUCAGCAAUGUCCCCUCCUCCAAGUGAUCAGCCCCUCUGUUGGGAACAGCAUGCUAAGCUUUUACCAGGGGUCAUGGAGCUGAACCACAAUCUGGUAUGCAACUGGUCUGUGGAUGAGGUUGCCGACUUUGUAUUCAAACUGACAGGACAAGAAGAACAAGCUCAGAAGUUCAAGGAUGAGGUUAGAUAUAGUUAAACUGUGCAUCCGACCAAAGAAAUAAAUCUCUUUAAAUGUACAACAAUGACUAAUUUAUGUGUUGCACAGGGUAACGGGUUACUAUUUGAAAAUCAGUAUUGAAAAUCAAGGUAGUGGUGACAUACUUAACAUCAAAUAGCAUAAUUCCUGUUAAGAGAGAGAAACUUUAGAACAUAUCCAAUUUCAUCCCCUUUGAAAUUCACAACACAUUUUUUUCCCUUGAUUAUGAAUUACCGUAUUUAUUGGCGUAUAACAUGCCCUGGCAUAUAACACGCACCUCAAUUUAAGAAGGAAAUUUCAGGAAAAAACUAAACAUUAUAUUGGCAUAUAACACUCACACAUGAUUUGCCCCCUAUUUUCGGGGAGAAAAAGUAAAUGUUAUAUGCCAAUAAAUACAGUAGUUGUUUGGUUUUUUUUUAGUUUAAAGAGGAUGAGUUUUAAUUAGCUGAAACAUAAAAUUCAGUUUAUGAAGACAGCAGUUUUUACAGACAAUAUUACUAAUAUAAAAAAAAAUGGCUUAUUACGUGUCAAAUUUUUGACUACUUCAUUUUCACAUGACUUACUAUUCAUAUUGACAUCACUGAAAUUUCACAGAAUAAUUUUUGCCGAAAAUGCGUCUUGGGAUAAAAGCUUAGUGAGAUAUUUUUUAACAUUUUUUUCAGCAAGUGGAUGGGGACUCAUUCUUACUUCUUCAGCAGAGUGAUCUUUUGAACUUCCUGAACAUCAAGCUAGGCCCAGCAAUCAAGAUAUUUAACAGUAUUCUUGUUUUUAAAGCUGCCAAUGAUUUUUAGUCCUAGAAUAAGUUCCAUUUCUUU